CAAGCUUCAAACUACUUUUGCCUUCCAGGAGCUAAGCCAGUUGUGAUUCUCUGGAAAGAAGGCUUUCCCAGGAGCUCUGCAGAACUUCUCAAGUCUACUUCAUCCCACAGGGCCCUGUUUUGCCUUUGAAGAAUGAUUGCAUUGUGUUUUAAAUGCAGUCUUCUGAUGGAUAUCUGCUGUUUCAAGCAACUACUACUCUGCUUACUGCUUAGAUAUGCCUACUAUAGUUGCUGAAAGAAGGGGAGACUACUUUGCUCAAAUUCAAAACGAGUUUCCAGAAAUUCUCCUGGAUUUUUAGCAAGAUUUUUAGGUUGUUUUUGGAGACUAGAUUUCAGCCAUGCCUGACCGACAAGCCUUCAGACUGGAGUCAAUUUUUCCUUCUGAUUCAGACUGUGGAAUUUCACAUUUACCUGUAUAGAAAGUUUCUGUGAGUUUCCCCUACCUUCCUUUCCUUCCCCGAAAUCUGUAGGUAAGAUUCAGCAUACAUUUUGAUAAUUGAACUAUUUUGUCCAUGAUCUUUCAAAAAGCUACUGGGAUUAUUAUCUUUUUCCCUCAUGGAUUCUUAGAGGCAGGACUACGUAACAGGUCUGCAUACCAGUUUAAAUUUAUUUUCUGUGAUCAAAUAUUUUAGCUAAUAAAUGUCUACAGCUUUUUUACAGCUAUAAUCACUGGCUGUGGAGCAUGCUUUUUAAUGUUUAAUUGUCAUUUAGGAAACAUUCUGAGAUUUGCACAGGAAUGAAAUAAAACACACAGGUGUAUCUGUAGUUGUUUUUCCUGUUUUUUAGCUUCCAAGUUCUGGAAAACAUCUGAGAAAUGCCUUUUUUAUUUCAUAAAUUUGGGGAGCCACAGACUAUAUUUUCUGUGUUAAAAAUGACAAAUCGCUGGAAAAUUCCAACUUAAAAAACUUGCUUUAAUACGAUGAGGUGAGUGAGGUACAGGCAUUAAAGGCAUUCAAAGAUGAAUAAAAGAUCAAACAGAUGACAAUGAUUUAAUUAAGAAAAACCAGGUUUGCAUUCUAAUUCCUAAAUGCAAGUACAUGCAUGGUUACUUUGUGCUUUAAUGUGUGGCAUAAAUAGAAGAGAAAGACAAAAGUAGUUAGCAUUAACAAAAAAGAAUAUAUCGAAAAGCAAUUCACUGGUCAGGAGUCAACAAGGGGUGCUAAGGUCAUCUGAUACCAGGGUUUGGUCCUGUUUGCCAUCCUAGGAUCUAAAAGCCUAAAAGGAUUUGGGAAGCUGAUAUUGUCUUCCAUGGGGAACUGUCUAAAACCAGCUCCAGCAGUCUUCCUAGAAGGAACCAAGAGCUCUUCAUACCAUAUGCUAUUCAUGCCCCCUUGGUUUUGCUCACCAUGUCUGAAUUUAUCUGGAGGAGGAGGAGGAGGAGGAGGACCUGAUCAGGGGUUCUUAUAAUCUUGUGAAGCUCAAGGCUUUUACAAACACGUGGCAUGAAGAAACUUUGGAAAUAAGGGGAGAGGAAAGCCUGGAAGAAGCCCCAGGUAACUCUCCUUUGCUUCUUGUUUGCCCCAUUGACUGCAGUUACACGGAGGGCUAUAAUCCUCAACAAUUUUACCAGUUGUUGGAACCUGCUGGUGGGGUGACGACACAUUCCUGAGCAGUAUGUGUGGCCAGAGCACACUGCUGCAGCUGGGAGCAUGAGUGUUGGCCCCCAGCUACAGCUGGCAGUCCUCUGGCCUUGGCUGCUAAUGGCUAUGCUGCAGAUACGACUAGGCUACUCAGGACUGGCACUGGUGGCAGCCAUGGAAGCAGAGCGGACUUUGGCCCAGAAGGCGAUAAUUCGAGUAAUUCCUUUCAAGCUGGAACCCCUCAUACUGGAAGGAGUCUUUGCUAGCAUUGCAGAGAUCACCCCUGCUGAAGGGAAACUGUUGCAGUUCCAUCCCCUGUCUUUGUGUAAUACCAGUGAGGAUGAACAUACAGUCCCAGGAUUUGUCUCCAUUGUCAAACUGGAAAGGCCUGAGCGGGAUCUCCGGCCAUGCCUGUCAUUGGCCAAUAAGGCAAAACUGGCCGGGGAGAGGGGAGCUCGGGCUGUACUUUUUGACAUUACAGAUGACCAGAGUGCUGCUGAUCAGUUGGGGAAGCCUCGAGGGCUGAGUCACCCUGUUGUUCUGAUCUGGGGCCACAAUGCUGAACUUUUGAUGAGAGUGGUGAACAAUAAUCGUGAAGCCCACGUGAAGAUUGAGGUGAAGGAAAUGCCAGCUUGGCAGCCAGACUAUGAUGUUUGGAUACUCCUCACCGUUGUGAGCACUGUACUGGUCAUUGUUAUAAUCUUCAUUGUUCGCACUCGUUGUCAGCCAGGCAGAAAUCAGACAAACGUGCAGGAAGUGACCCUACAAGCAAUCAACCGGCUGGCCAUACGGAGGUAUCAGGCCCCCCGUCGGCAUGCCCCAACAGGGGACUCUGUUAGCACCUGCAGUUCUCCUCCCAUAUGUGCAAUCUGCUUGGAGGAAUUUUGUGAGGGGCAGGAACUACGGAUCAUCACCUGUUCCCAUGAAUUCCAUCGGCAAUGUGUGGACCCUUGGCUCCAGCAGCACCAAACAUGUCCAUUAUGCAUGUUCAACAUUGUUGAUCGGAUUCCCCCUACUUUACCUAGGCAUUCUCGUGAGGACCGACACAGUCCUGGAUCUAGACAGAGGCCUCAUUUAUUCCGGCAACGGCCAGGGCAUGCCUUGUACCACUUCUCGCGGAGUGUCCCUCAAAUGCCCCCCAGGAACUGCUCUUCAGUGGGUUCCCGUGGCCACCCUUUCUUCCACUCUCCUGAACUCUCCCAGUUGGAUUUUGGAACUAUGCAUUACUUGCCCUAUAGGCCAAUUGGCUUUGAGCCUUGGUGUGGCCACCAAGCCCCUCUUAGCAGAAGCCUGUUACUUUCUCAGCACCACCUGGAGUCACCAGUGUGUGAGCCGGCCCUACCCUCUCAUAGGCUGUGUCUGCUUCAACACCAGCCCUCUUGCCAAGGUCUCAGGGCUCCCCUUGCAGCUCAGCUAAAUCAUGCUGUUCCUUUACACCGAGGAAUUCGCCAUGGGAGGCAUCAUCACCACCACAGUAGUGGUUCUGGGGAGAGUUAUCUUACAGAGCCCAGUGGAUACCUUCCUGAUGGCCCCGGUAGUGACUCCAGUUCAAGCCCUUGCCAUGGCAGCUCCAGUGACUCCAUGUUGAAUUGCACUGAUAUCAGCCUUCAGGCUAUCCAUGGCAGUUGCUCUACUUUUCAUAGCUCCCUGAGCAGUGAUUAUGAUCCGUUUGCCUUCUGUGGCUCAGAGAAGUUAACCACAGAAAAUAAACAAGAUCCUUCUCCGUCUGGGAGGGAUCCACAGCCUCGGUCAGUAGACUCAGUGGUAACAGGUAGAGCACGGCUAGCCAGUAAUCAUGUCCACUAUCAUCACCAUCACCACAGGCAUCAUCAUUAUGGGCAGAAACCUUCAGACUGUCCAAAUGGCAGGCCAAGCCAAGAGUCCAAUCCACGCAAGAUGAAAUAUUCCAGGACAAAGGUGGGAUCACAAAGCAUCUUGGUACAAAACAGGACAGAGAAAAUGCAAUCCCUAGACCUUUCUUCAGUUAGACAAGGACAUACUGGACUUUAUUUGGCAGAUGGGUCUGACAUUAGCAUGACAGCCGGUAGCCAAGCUGGAACUAUUGGACUGUGGGGUACUCAGAAACACCAUGUGCAAAUCCACCCAGGUAGAAGGAGAUGGAAGUGUCCUCUUGAGACUUCCCCUGAGGACUCCAGCAUGACCCUGGAAUGCAGAAUUGCUAGCCAUAGUGGUGGUUCUUCUAGAAACCACUGUUCCCCAGAAAUUCAGCCUCUUUUAGUAAGUGGUCCCUCUGCGCAUAAUUUUGCAGCCUUGCCGGAGGUAUCAAAGUGCUUAACUCCAUGUUUUAUCAUGGAACCCCAGGAAAAGAGGGACAGGCUGGGACAAUUGGACUGUGAACUCACAUUUCCAGAAGAAUGUUCAGAGAUGGAUGCAACAGAAAACAACACAAGUGCUUACCUCAGUAAUCGAGUUCUGCAAAACCUUCAGGGAUCUACAGAAGAUAUCCCCAAUGUGUAUGAACAUUCAGUUUGAUGUGAGGUGAACUUCAGACAGCCUAAGAGAAGAGAACUGAUCAGAAACUCAGUGAGAAUGGGCUUUCUUACAAACUCUUCAUGCCUCGUUUGUUGGUGAUGCAGUACUUAAAAUCUUACUAAGUUUUCUGUCCAGACAAUUCAACCCACAAGUGGUCACCCACCUGUCAGAACUUAACUUAUGUGCCAGAUAUAAGCUGCCAGUGUCACUUGCAUUAUUUUUGGAAGCUGCCAUCUUGAAGAUGUUUCCAUUUGUUGAAUGGAAGAUCCUUACUAUUCAUACUGUUCCUUAAAGAGAGCGGAGUGGGGUCAUGUAAAAUUUGUGGGAGGGGGGACACCAUAAGGUUCGUUUAUAUCUUUUUCUUAACUGCAAAAUGGAACUCAGGAACAAUCCUACACUUUCACCCCAUUCCAAGAACGUAUAUGAUGCUAUGCAGGACAACAGUGCAGUUUGAAAUUAGGCAGAGAAAUAAUUCCAUUCUACUCCUGCUAAUUUUUUUUUCUGAAGUUCCAGUGGGUGGCCUUGGUUCCAGAUGAAUGUAGUUCCUAAGAUCCAAACUCUGUUUCCCAUCCCAGCUAAGGGAACAUUGGAGGUCAUUCUAGUUCUGUCUCAUAGGAAUGUUGUUACUGGUCUGUUUGCCAAGAAGUCUAGAAGGUGCAUACCUCCUUCCCUUCUGAAUACUGUCUGCUAUGUCAGAUAGUAGCAUGGGAGAAUUCCAAACCUGCUUCAUGUGAAUUAUAGCUACUGGCUGCGCUAACUGAUACGCCUGACCCUUGAGGAGCAAAAAGACCUAAUAGCACUGCCAUAAUGGUUAUUUUAUUUUAGACCAUUUAGAAAACUGAGUUGAGAUAUGAUAGACUGUAAUAUUUCAAGAUGCCAUAAGCUAGCAACUUCUUUUAACUACAGAAACCCAGUUCUCCAUACACCUCUCAGCCCCAGAUUGGCACUGAUAUGGAGGGGAGAGUGCUUUCAGAGGCUGAAUUUGGACCAAGAAUUUCUGUGUCUAGCUCCUUAAAAUUGUCGAAAAAUAAACUACCCCCCAAAACAACAACAGGGAUGCUGAGACAUUUCCUGGUGACUCUCAGAGUAGCCCUGAUCAGAGAUGUAAACACUUCUCUUUCGUCCUCACCCCCAGCAUUUUGCUACUUCACAGCAUAUUUCACAUGAAUAUUAUUUCCUCCUCCCCCUCCUUACUACUCCUCAAUGUCCAAUUGUGAAUAGGUAACAAUUCCAGUCUGUUUGAGGACAGUCUUGCUUACUAAAUUGUUACGCAUGCUGUGAUAAAAUACCAAUUGGUAAAUGUCAUAAACAGUCAAACAUCAAGCUUUGGGAUGUUAAUACGGUACUGUUGUAAAUGUGCUCUCAUGUGGCAAAAUAGAAAUGUAAUUAUGGAUAUUUUUCUUACUGAACACAUUCUGGACACACUCUGGCAUCUUAUACUUACUUAUCUGUAGGUAGAGAUCGGUCUACAUCCACACUACUGACUUAAAUCUGCCUGAGAAUAAUCAGUAUGCUUACCAAACUAAUGCUGCCUGGAUUCCCUGGGGAGAAACUCUGUCAAUAUACACAGCUGUGAUUUUAUGAAUUGGAAAAGAAGGGGAGCAUGUUUUGCAUGCAAAAGGUGGCAAACUCAAACCAUGGCCUUUCCAGCAUGAGCUGGGUAAUGUGCCCUGAACUGUAGUGCUUUCCAAGGUUUAAAACAGGAUUGCUGAGCUACCUAGGCUGAUAGUACGAUAGCAUGUCUGGGAGUUCUGGUGAGUCUAUACAUCACCAUAUAUCCUACACCAUCUGGAGGGCACUAGAUGGAGGAAGAUUGGUGUAGAUGAUACAAGACAGAUCAGUGGUCUGGCUGAUUCUAAGCUGCUUUUGUUCUUAAUGCAGGUUAAAAAUGCUGAAAAUUCACAGAAAUUGCUGCUGGGUGAUUUUGUACAUCCUUUGAUGAAUAGUCAUUCAAAAAUUGGAUGUGAACUUAGAGACACACUCAUGGAUAAAGAGGGAUCAUGGCAAGUAGGUGUUAGAAAGCUGUAAAUGCAAGAAAACAACACGUUUAAUCAAGUUUAUGGGAAAUAAAGGAUUCAGUCCUAAAAUGUAUUGAAAAUCACCAUAGAUAAGAAAGCAUUGUAUCAUAGGACAGAGACUUAAGUUGCUUUGGAAGAGAUUCAUGUUUCCUUUGGGUACAGAACAGGAACAGAGUAACCAGAUCUUUUCAUAAGCAAAGGGAUGGCCCAAGUCAUAGGUUGUGUGUUUCUGUGGAGCUACCACUGCCUUAUUGGUGAAGUUCUGUGGGAUGUCUUCUAGUAUAAUACCUAACAGGAAGAGCGCCCUAAAUUCAAAAUGAUUCUUCUCCCUCAGCCCCUCCCCCACACAUCCAGAAAGAUUACAGAGAAAAAUAAAAAUCUGUCCCAUUAUCUCAUUCUUACUGACUUUAAGACAUAGACCCAGCCCCUCUCCCACACUUCAAAGUUACACUUUUGGGGAAAAAUACUAGUCUUCUUUUCAGGUCAAUAUACAAUUUUAUGGCAACUAUAAGAGAGAGUAGAAAAACGGGAAUUAACCUUGCUGUAUUUUUAGACUUAAGCACUGGAAAAAUGUUUCAGGAGCAAAAAUAGCGCUCAUUUAGAUGUUCUGAAAUCUGUCAGAAAACAUCUGAGGACGAGGCACCAGUUUGGCUGUAGCUCUGUUUCAGUUGGAGUCAAAGCACAAGCCAUAUAAAGGAUGAAAAAACUUACUCCACAGGGAAACAGUGAGUCAGUGAGAACAUGUUGAAUAGUUCUUUUCCUUUCAGCACCUUUUCCUUCAAACUUCUUCAGCUGCAGUUCUGCUCCUUCCUCCUGGCAACCUCAGACCCUUUGAAAUGUGAAUAAGGAAUUUAUUUUUGUACUUUUUAAUUAAAUUUUCUGAAUCUACUUUUCAGGCACUUGGGUACUUUUAUAAACCAAAAGGGAAAAAAUGAUGUUUAUGUACAUACAUAUGCAAAACCAAAUAUUUAUGUCUAAGAGAGAGAUUGUUUGAAUAUGGGGACAUGCUCAAACCUAUUUAUUUUGCUAAUAUAUUUAUCCACGUGUAAAGCUGUUCAUGUGGCUGUUAUUUUUUUUUCUGUAUAAAAUCAUGGGUGCCCAUGUUCAAGAGA